AUGCGUGAAGGGUGCUCGGCGCAUGUCUUCGUUCUCUUUCGGUUGUGUUCCAGACUUGUGAUAAAGUAAGUUUGAAAAUACUCACUUUUCAACCCCCAUUUUCCACCUUACAAUUAAACUAAUACUCCUGUAAUCGAUCCUGAAUGAAAAUUUAGAACUUGAACAUUUUGAUUACUCGCAGAUUGAAGGCAGAUGGUUUAAUAUUCAAUGAUUUUAUAAGGUGUAAACAUUUGCUAUGUUUCCAGGUCAGCAACCAACAUGGCUACAUCAAAAAUUGUAAAGCCUAAUAAUGAAGCGCCUGAUGAACUCGAGAAAGAAAUAGCCGGGGUAAGAAUUUCUGACGACAACAUUCAAGUUAAAUUGAAAAUACUGCGUUAACAGUAAAAAUUACCAGUAUUUUUGAAAGUCACUGUCUUGCUCCGUGUCCAUGUCACCAUGUGUAUAUAUCUUUGGUAUAUAUCUUUGGUAUAUAUAGACGAAAAUAUUUGUCUGUUGAUGUAGUAUUAGGUUUUUGACCUGAUGCAAACAGAGUGUGUCCUAUUUCUUUAAUAUCACACCAAGUUUUGAAAUAUCACCUACUCAAACUGACUUGACCUCGUAGCUCAGUUGCCAGUUGGUAUAAAGCUGGUUACAGACGAGCGAGUUUUCUAUGACAAGUUUUUAUGUGUCAAGUUUUAUUUGCUCGUCUGUACGCGCAACUUUGACAAGUUUUUCUAUGACAAUUGCGCACUUGUCAUAGAAAAAAUUGUCAAGGUACAAAUUUUGUUCGUCUGUGGGUCAACAAAGAAAACUUGUCAAAGUAAUAAGAGAAUUUGAUGUGAUUGGCCAGCGCUUGCAUUGUCCGCUGUACUAUUACAAUUGCUAGCACGACUAAUAAAUUGUCAAAGUAGACUUGUUGACACGUUCACACCAGUAAAUAAAACUUGUCAUAUAAAAUGUGUUGCAUAUACACACAUGUGCACUUGGCAAAUAAAACUUGUCAAAUAAAAACUUGUCAUAGAAAACUUGCUCGUCUGUAACCGGCUUAACAUUGGGUCACUCCAGAAAACAUCCAUACCUCCUCCCACAGAGGGAAUUGAACAUUAACCCCUCCUCAGAUGUCCUAAUACACUUAAUAGUAUCAGAAACAUAUUUUUCUCCUCUGGACAACAGAAAUUUCCUCUGUGGGGGGAGUGUGUAUCUGUUCUGGAACGACCCAUUGGGCCUGCCUGGAAAGUUUGGAAAUUGCACAACAAGAUUUUAAAAAUUUAAUAGUAAAUAUAUACAAAGCAUCAAAAUUAUGUGGCCGAUAUCCCCGCCGUGCAAAAUACAAACUUUCCACACUGGCCAUUGGACUAGGAAACCAGAGGCAAAUGACACAGUUUCAAUUUCCACCACGGUCCAAGCAAAAUUAGAGAGUUUUAGAUUUGGGUACGACUACAAGAUUUGUUGUUUACAAAUACUCGUCAUCUUCUUAAGCCAUUCUAUACACAUGUCAUAAUCUUGUAGUAGAUGCUUGUUUCACUACAUGCUCAAUGAGUUAUUGAUGGAACUGACAAGCUCUUUAUAUUGUAAUUACGUCCAGGCUAUUGCUGAAUUGGAGGCAAACAGUGAUCUGAAACAACAGCUCAGGGAACUCUACAUCUCUGGGGCUAAGGUACGGUACAGGAAUAUUGAUUGUGAUAUAAAUAACCGUUUAUGUCCAACGCAACUUUCCUGAAAUGUUUCUAGGAAUUGGAUAUUGCCGGGAAGAAAGUUGUCAUCAUAUUUAUUCCAGUUCCACAGCUCAAAUCUUUCCAGAAAAUCCAGGUGACUAUGAAUAGAAUUUCUUAGAAAAAUUGCAGUUUGUGAUGAAAGUGUUGUCGCCCCAGUCUGAUACAACGUGACUGAUUGACAAUCAUUUCUGAAAUGACUCAUUAUUUUCCUGCUGGUUGAUAAUGCUUGCUACCCAGUGUGUAAAAAUUGAAAUUUGUUGAAUCUCUGCAGGCUCGGCUUGUACGUGAAAUGGAGAAGAAAUUCAGCGGGAAACAUAUUGUGGCUGUAGCACAGGUAGGCUUAUGUUCACUUGUGGACAAGUGUUUAUAAAUUCAGCGGCAAACAUAUUGUGGCUGUAGCACAGGUAGGCUUAUGUUCACUUGUGUACAAGUGUUUAUAAAUUGUUAACUUGAUAUGCCCAGUUCAAGUUAGAGAGCUGUUCCUAAAAUAUGCAUAUUGCUAAUUCAAACCAGGCUACAAGGGUACUGUCUAUUCACAAUGUUUAAUUCAAAAUUUCAAUGUGCUUUGUUAUUUUCAUUUUUCAUUGAUAGAGAAGAAUUCUUCCUAAGCCUUCAAGGAAAACUAGAAAUCAAAAACAGAUGAGACCUCGAAGGUGGGUUAGAAUACUUGUACAUUCUUCCUGUUUAAUUAACGCUUAGAAAGGCAAUCUGCCCUAAUUGGCUUACUUUGUUAUUUUAUUGUGACACCAGACAGUUUUACUCAUCAAGGGGAGAGUUCUGCCACUCAAUGGGUUAAUCACUUUAUCUAUUAUUUUACAGCCGAACGUUGACGUCUGUUCAUGAUGCUAUUCUGGAAGAUCUCUGUUUUCCAAGUGAGAUUGUAGGCAAAAGAAUUCAUGUGAAAAUGGAUGGCUCAAAAACGAUUAAAGCGUAAGUGUAUAACUUUUCAUAAUUUCUGUACUUAGAGACAACUUUGUUACAGGUUUUGUGAAUGGUUUACGAGUGCCACCCUGCGUCUGAAAUAUUUCUUGUCUGUGAUGAAAGUGUUGUCGCCCCAGUCUGAUAUUUCAUGACUGAUUGACUUUUUCUGAGACAAUUAAGAUCAGCAUUCCUAUAGCACAAAUUUAAAUGUGGAUAUAAUCAAAUACGCUUCACAUCAAGUAUUUUAUCUUUACAACAAUUGUGCUAUUACUUUCUUAACUAUCCUAACCCACCCUGUCAACUUUCCCUGUGCGAGGAAACCAGAGCACUCGGAGAAAACUCACGACUUUCGGCAGAGCAUUUACCGACUCUUUUUACAUGAGUCUAUAGCGAUUGGUUAGUGUUGUUUAGUAAAAAGUAUCAGGGCGAUUGUUUGUUAUUAUUUAUUUGUUUUUCUGAUAACCUUGCAAAUGUUUGCAACCAUUGAUGUCUGUGACCAAUGCAUGGGAACUAAGUAAGGUUCACACAUAUUUGUGUUUUUAGUUAUUUAGAUAAAAGCCAACAAACGAAUGUUGAACACAAGGUAUUUUUCAUAUUUUUGUUGUUCUGUCACUAUUUCUUCCAUAUCUAUGAUGUCCACAAAAUAUCACCUUGUUUCAGUAUUGGCUAAUUAAUAAAAAAAGGACUAUUUAAGAAACGGUUUGGUUUCAAACUGAAAACAAGCAAUACUUACUAGUUCUUACAUACAUAGACAUACAUUUCAUUUCAUUUUCAAAAAAUGAACCUUUAUAUGUGAUGAGAGAUAUUUCUUGUCAGUGAUGAAAGAAUUGUCGCCCCAGUCUGAAAUUUCAUGACUGAUUGACUUUUCUGAGACAAUGGUUUAUACUGUAAAGAUAGGCUUCAAAUUCCUUCGUUUGUUUUAAAUUUUGGUUAUAAAAUACUAUUUCAAUCACAGAUUUUUUGGUUUUGAAGAUAAUUUGGUGACAAGAAGCUAACAAAUGACAACACAUCUUUGUUUUUUCACUUUGAAACAUGCAAGCUACAUCUUGUAAAAACCCAGACUAGGAAUUAUCCUGACAGCAAACCAAGUUGAUGAGCAGGGUUCGUAGUGGUCUUUGAAAUACGUGAAAGUCUUUAAAUUUGAAUUCAGGUCUUUUUAAAAGGUCUUUGAAAAGUCUUUGAAUUGUGUGAAAAAGCAAACAAAGUCUUUAAAAGUCUUUAAAUUCUUUUAAUGGGUACUUGAUUAUACGAUUUCCUAGCUAAUAAAAUAGAUUGAUUGAAGAAGAUUUUCGCAAAUAUUGAUGAAAAGCUGCAUUUUAGGAUGUGAUUUGACGGGACUAAUUACUACCGGGUCGACAGCUGAUUGUUCUCAAAGGUGUUUGAAAAGUCUUUGAACAUAGGCAUAAAAAAUCUUUAAACGUCUUUGAAUUUUUUUGGUCUUGGAGACUACAAACCCUGAUGAGUUUUGUUCCUCCUGUGAGAAUGCUCAACUCUAAUCUUACUUCUCUUCUUUCUCUUCAGCUCGAGACAUUUACUGGUGUGUACAAAAAGCUGACUGGCAAAGAUGUCGUCUUUGAGUUCCCUGCUUAUGACUAA